AGCGACCGAACGCGCAGGCGCAGACCCAAGUAACUGCCGGUUGGAGGCGGCCGAACCGCAGUGGAGAGAGACCUGGCUGGAGGGGGCUGCGGCGCGGGCGGCCUCCACCUCCUCCAGGGUUCCCCGACGCGCUGCCCUCGUUUUAAUGCGCAGCGACUUCGGGUCAUCUCUCCUUUGCUUCUCGUAGGAGUCGCAGUUCCAGUAACAACAGCCUAGAAGAGGACGCGGUCCCCGCACAGAGGGCUUCAGCACCAUCCCCCCGACCAUUAGGCGGCGGGAUGUCUGUGGUCGGCAUUGACCUCGGCUUUCUCAACUGCUACAUCGCGGUAGCGAGGAGUGGCGGCAUCGAAACCAUCGCCAAUGAGUACAGCGACAGGUGUACCCCAGCCUGUAUAUCUUUGGGAUCAAGAACGCGAGCCAUUGGAAAUGCAGCUAAGAGCCAGAUAAUCACGAAUGUAAGAAAUACAAUUCAUGGUUUCAAAAAGCUUCAUGGGCGAUCAUUUGAUGAUCCUGUUGUGCAAACUGAAAGGAUCAGGCUUCCCUAUGAGCUGCAGAAGAUGUCUAAUGGAAGUGCAGGAGUUAAGGCGCGAUACCUAGAAGAAGAGAGACCUUUUGCAAUCGAGCAAGUUACUGGAAUGCUGUUGGCUAAGCUUAAAGAGACUUCAGAAAAUGCUUUGAAGAAACCAGUGGCUGACUGUGUGAUUUCAAUUCCGAGCUUUUUCACUGAUGCUGAGAGAAGAUCUGUGAUGGCUGCAGCCCAGGUUGCAGGCUUAAAUUGUUUAAGGCUAAUGAAUGAAACUACUGCAGUUGCACUGGCAUAUGGAAUUUAUAAACAGGAUCUUCCUCCGUUAGAUGAGAAACCAAGAAAUGUAAUAUUUAUUGAUAUGGGACAUUCUGCCUACCAGAUCUCAGUUUGUGCUUUUAACAAAGGAAAACUUAAAGUCUUGGCUACUACCUUUGAUCCAUAUUUGGGUGGCAGGAACUUUGAUGAGGUUUUAGUAGACUACUUCUGUGAUGAGUUCAAGACAAAAUAUAAGAUAAAUGUAAAAGAAAACUCUCGGGCCUUGUUGCGCUUAUAUCAGGAAUGUGAAAAACUAAAGAAGCUAAUGAGUGCAAAUGCAUCAGACCUUCCACUGAACAUUGAGUGUUUCAUGAAUGACCUUGAUGUUUCUAGUAAAAUGAACAGGGCUCAGUUUGAACAAUUAUGUGCUUCCCUCUUAGCCAGAGUUGACCCACCAUUAAAAGCAGUAAUGGAACAAGCUAACUUACAAUGUGAAGACAUAAGUAGUAUAGAAAUUGUAGGGGGAGCAACACGAAUUCCUGCUGUGAAGGAACAAAUCACUAAAUUCUUUCUUAAAGACAUAAGUACCACAUUAAAUGCUGAUGAAGCUGUUGCAAGAGGGUGUGCAUUACAGUGUGCGAUUCUCUCACCAGCAUUUAAAGUGCGUGAAUUUUCCAUAACAGACCUUGUUCCCUAUUCAAUCACAUUAAGUUGGAAGACCUCUUUUGAAGAUGGGACUGGGGAAUGUGAAGUAUUCUGUAAGAACCAUCCUGCCCCAUUCUCAAAAGUCAUUACUUUCCACAAGAAAGAACCAUUUGAACUAGAAGCAUUUUAUACUAAUUUACAUGAAGUGCCUUAUCCAGAUCCAAGAAUUGGGAGCUUCACUAUUCAGAAUGUUUUCCCACAGUCUGAUGGUGAUAGUUCCAAAGUUAAGGUUAAAGUUCGUAUUAACAUCCAUGGAAUCUUCAGUGUGGCUAGUGCAUCAGUAAUUGAGAAGCAGAAUAUAGAAGGGGAUCACAGUGAUGUUCCUAUGGAGACAGAAACUUCUUUUAAGAAUGAAAGCAAAGAUGAUGUGGAUAAAAUGCAGGUUGACCAGGAAGAAGAGGGUCAUCAAAAAUGUCAUGCUGAACACACUCCAGAAGAAGAAAUUGAUCAUACAGGAACCAAAACAAAGUCUGUACCCUCAGAUAAACAAGAGCGAUUAAACCAGACCAUUAAAAAAGGAAGAAUCAAGAGUAUUGAUCUACCCAUCCAGAGUAGCCUGUGUAGGCAAUUGGGCCAAGAUCUUCUCAACAUCUACAUUGAAAAUGAGGGGAAGAUGAUAAUGCAGGACAAAUUAGAGAAAGAAAGAAAUGAUGCGAAGAAUGCUGUUGAAGAAUAUGUAUAUGAUUUUAGGGACAAGCUUGGCACUGUCUAUGAAAAAUUCAUCACUCUAGAAGACUUGAGAAAACUGUCUGCAAUAUUGGAAGACACAGAAAAUUGGCUUUAUGAAGAAGGAGAGGACCAAGCUAAACAGAUUUAUGUGGAUAAGCUUCAAGAACUAAAGAAAUAUGGCCAGCCAAUUCAAAUGAGGUACGUGGAACAUGAAGAGAGACCAAAAGCUUUAAACGACUUGGGAAAAAAGAUCCAACUUGUCAUGAAAGUUAUAGAAGCAUACAGAAACAAGGAUGAAAGAUACGAUCAUUUGGAUCCUGCUGAAAUGGAAAAAGUUGAAAAAUAUAUCAGUGAAGCCAUGAGUUGGCUGAACAGUAAGAUGAAUGCACAGAACAAACUAAGUCUCACUCAAGAUCCUGUGGUCAAAGUUUCAGAAAUAGUCGCAAAGUCAAAGGAACUGGAUCAUUUCUGUAACCCCAUCAUUUAUAAGCCCAAACCAAAAGUAGAGGUUGCUGAAGACAAGGCAAAAGCUAAUAGUGAACACAACGGACCAGUGGAUGGACAGAGUGGGACUGAAACUAAACCAGAUACAACAAAAGACAGCACACAGCAUACUAAAUCUUCUGGAGAGAUGGAAGUGGACUAAGUCUUAAUUUCACCUUCACGUAAUUCAAACAGUGCAAGUAACCACAGGGUCCAUUCUUCUUUUACAUCUGGUACACACAACAGACAUUUAGUUGUUCUUAACCACUUUUUGUCAUUUGUUUUUUGGAGUAGUUUUGAAAAGUGUUUUAUAUUGAGUGCACCUCUUGUUCAUUUCCAUUGCUGCUUAAUGUGAAGAUUUAGCUGAAUAUACAUUAACAAGUCAGUUUAAGCUUUCCUAAUAUAUUUUAUGUCAAACAUGCAAGAUUGAUAAGUAGCUGGCAACCUUAUUUAAAGCUUCUACUUGGAUAAACCUCAGCUCCUUUAUUCAGGAAAGGAUACUGUAUUGUGCUACUGUUGCAGAAGCAUAGAUUUAAUUGCAUCAUUAUUUUGAAAAACAAAUAUUGAAACUGAUGUGGUUUAAAGCCACCAAGUCACUGACCUUUUUCUAGUUAUGGUAUUGUUAUAAUUUAAAUAUUAAAACAAAUAAGAGGUUCCUUGACAAAUUAGUCCAUCUCGUUGGUGUGCCAUGAGAACUUCAAAACUUUGUUUUCAUCAUAUAAAUGAACUAAAUCACACAUUGAAAAGGAAAAUGCACAAUUUUAUGUUAAGGUGACACCAGCAGUUAGCUUCUUUUCAUUAGUCAUGUGGAUUGAUGUUUCUUAGAGUAAUUCAGUGUCUUUAGCACUUGAAACUUCUGAUCUACUUGUCCUGAAGACCAGUUGCUGCUAAAGUGAUGCUGGCCCAAAAAUGAUGAAGCAUUUUUGAUGAAAAUACCUUCAUGUUAAGGGGAAAAUGCUGUUGACCUACUCAGACAUGCAUCUGUGAUGUUGAUAACCUUGUUUUAGUUUUAAUAGUUGUUUUGGUCUUCUUAGUUGAUUUUGUUAAUAUGUUAACAGAGGGCAGGGAGAAACGGCACAAUGUGUAUUGCAUUGUAUACAUUUAUCACUGAUUUACUUAAUGUUAACAUAUAAACACUAAAUAAGCAGUAAUACUUGAAAAGAAGCACUUAUACCAUAGGUCUUAGGAAAUACUGCUUGUAAUAAACUUAACUGUGUUACACAUCAACAGGCAAAAUAUAGAAUGUUACAUAGUGUAAUAUGAUAUGAUGUGAUUAAAUUAUAGUUCCUGCUGUUACAAUACCUGUUCAGACCUUGGCUCCAGUUUUGGUGCUUCAUAUAUAAAUUAUAUGUGUUGAAGGGCUGUGAAAUUAAGAUAUUUUAAAGACUUAAUCUGUGCUUCAUCACCAGACUUGUUCACACUGUUCAGUUCUGUGCAGAAGCUUGAUAUGGGAGCAGAAUGAAAUGACUUUUCAACCUACAAGAAAAAGAAGCAUAGACAAUGCAUGGGCACUUGUGUUCUUAAUGCCAAUCAACUAGAUUGACAUAGGUUAAAAUUUUGAAAGGCUCAGUUUUCCCCAAAGCUACAUCAUCUUUAUAUUAAGGAUUAAAAAAAAUUAAUAUGGACUUUUCUUAAGUAAUAAAAAUUGAGAGUUUAAUAUCUUUAGGGAUAGUCGUUACUUCUCACAACUAGUUCUCUAAGAGAGAUUCUGUUUCUACAGUGUAGUCUGCACUGAAAGGAAAGUAUGGAGCAGUGCAUUUUGCAGGGAUUUUUAUUCAUCAUUUUUGAGGGAGAUGUCCCUUUUUUGCAUUAAAAAAUCAUAUAGACCCAAUAUAUUUUUUAAUGUUUUCAAACUAAUGAAGUACUUAUAUACAUUAGUAAUGAUGAAAUAAUACAUUUUUUUAAAAGCAUGUUUGUUACUUUUCGUUUGUAUGUUGAAUAUAUAGGUUCACUUCAGUAAGAGCAUAAAAGUUAUGAAAGGGAAUAUAUAACAGUACACAUAGGGCAUUCACAGCUUUUUAAGAAGAAAAUCUCCACCCACUUUGUUAGGAGCUGUACCUCCAAAACUAAUUGGGAAUAUAUGGGAACAAAGCUUUCUGCAUCUGAAUUGUGUAGUACCUCCUGACAUUUUCCAGUUCCAUAAGUCAGUUUAUAUAGUUCUGUGUUUUAGUCAGAAUUAUAACAUUCCAAUUCCUGCAGUUAUGUAACACUUCAUUUAAUAAGUUAAAUAUAUCCAAAGAUAAUAUGUAUACUUUUCCUACCCAUUUAUUCAACUUAAAUGAUUUUCAAAAGCCCUUAACCUUAUAAUUAUUUAUUGAAUACAGUAAUAAAAGAGAAAAUGUUCUCAAUAUAGUUUUGGGUAGAAGGCAUGGGUUCAGUUUAAUUUUAAUCUGUAUGAAAUAUGCAGUGCUUAGAUGAAAAAUUAAAGAUCUUUUUUCAAAAUAAAAAGCCACUAUUUUAGAAGUUAUUUUUAAAAAUACAUUGCAAAAUAGGAUGUAUUCCUGUAGUAAACAAAUAAGAACUAAGUAUGUAGGAAAUGAUUAAUAGGAUUAAUAGGAAAUGAUUAAUUUAAUGUAUUAAUCUAAUACACUACGACUCUGGAAAAGUAUAAAUUAUUUGGUUUUAGAAAUCAACUCCUGAUAGCCAAUCGCAUGGUGAUUUUAAAAACAGAUUGCUAAAUAAUGUAACAAAAGAAAGUCUGUGAUGUUUUAAUUCCUUAGCAAUAUACAGAAUACUUAAGUUUUAAAACAACUAUCAAUACAAACAGCACACCAAAGAAUGAGGCUAUUGGAAUAACAGAUAAUCUCAAUUUUAAAAAGGUAAAAAUUAGACUUUAAGAAGAAAUAAAGAUUUCUUAGACUUUGGGGGGUCAAUUUUUAGUAUACUUAUGAUUAUAUUUCCUAGCUAGAAGUCUUUAAAGUGAAUUUUGGGGAUCAAUUAUCAAUAUAAUAAAGUGAUAUGUUAAAACAGUUUAUCCAAAUUAGCACAGAUGCAAGUGUUUUGAAAGACUAUAUUUAAAGAUAAUAGACAUUUGAAUACAGUGAUCAAUUGACCCAAAACAGAUUUAACCAUCCCUCUGUUUUCAUAAAUUUGAAUUGUAAUACUAAGCCUACAAACAUUCCCAUUAGGAUUUUGUUUUGUUUUUAAUAGUUGGUAUUUGGUAGUCCACAACAAUUAAAGUCUUGGCAUUAACUUUACAUAUCAUAGAUUUAGAAGUGAUAGACAAAUAUAACUUCAUCUUUCUCAACUUUUAGAAUCUGACAACAAAAAAACUUCAGUUCUAAAGUAGAUGUUAUUUUGUGGUUAGACUUCAGAACUUCUAAGUGGAAUUUGGUUUUGUGAUAGUGGAUUCUGUAAAACUUAAUGAGAGGCAUAUCUAAUUGUAUUGAUACCUCAGUAUUUAAAAUCUGAUGGCAUUGAUUAAAGUCAGCCACUGAUAUCUUUUCAAAUGACACAGGUGUCAGGAUGCUUAUAAAGUCUGAUUCUAAUGUUUUAUUAUCCUCUUAACUACAGUAUGUUUUAUAACUAUCAGUCAUUUACCAAACUAAUCUUCUUAGUCAAUUUCAGAAGAGACAGACUUUUUGAUCAAAAAAAAGAAAACAGUUUUAAAACUACCUUUUUUUUUUUGUCAAGGUUAAGCCAAAGUAUAAUUUUAAGACAACUUCCAGGAAGCACAUAAUCUUUUCUUUUGAUAAAAAGUAAUAAGAUUUAAUGCAGAUCAAGACCAGGUCUUUAACCAAAACAAAAGCUUUAGUUAUUUUACUUUCACAUCUCUAAUACACAAUAAACUAAAAUUAAUAUUCUUCCAUGUUUCUUAACCAGACAGCUCUGGGUUUAUAAUAUAGCCAGAUGUCUUAAGUUUUUUUCCCUUGUUAAAUUCAAGGGUGAUUGUUUCAUACAAUAACAGGGUACCUGGAAUUUUUAGAAUAUUAACAAACUGCUUAGAAGAAAAACCCCUAAAUGUCUAUGGCAGUAGUCAGUACCUAUAAGUGGUAAUGGCUCUUUCACCUUCCAGAUCUCUAGGGGUACCUCUAGCAUAUUGUUCGAGUAAGCAUUAAAACAAAAGGCAUGUCUGUUCAGAUACAUUAUGAAAUAACUUGGAGCUUUCAAGUCAAAGAAAGAAAACUAAUAAUUGAAUCACGAACAUUUGACUUAGUCUGUCAGGCAGGUCAAAAUCCAUAUCAACAACAGCAACAAAAAUAAAUGGUAAUGAUCUUUGCUUUGGAAUCUCUAAUUUACUGUCAUGUCCUAGGUCACAUGAUGAGUAUUAGGGAAGUGUAUUGAUUACCCAUCCUAUAAAGAGAUUAGUGAACUUCAACAUGUUUUAGAUAGUUUAAUUGCAUUAUAGUAUAUUACACUAUAAGUGGAAAUUAUCUUAGUCUUUCCAGUUACCUUGUUUUAUCUCUCAGUUCUGGACUCGUAAAUAAUCAUUAUAUUUCUCUCAAUUAUAUUUUGUUUUAUUUUGGAUUAUUCUUUAAGCCUUUUAUUUCAUGGAUUUAAAAAAAUACUUUUACGAUCACUUUGAUGGCUAAUUUUAUUACCUGUCUUUUUACUUUAAAACCAAAUCUUACUGUUAAGAAUUUUUUGACUCUUAAAUUUAUACUUGAAAAGCCAUGUUAUAAGUUUCCAUAUGUAAUUUCUCUAAAAUUUAAUAAGGCUUAAUAGAUUUUUCAUAUUCUGGCCUUUGAAUACUUUUAAGUAGUUCUAGACCAAAAGAGGUCAAUUUUGUGAGUACUGUGUAUUAAGUAACCAACGUCCCUCGUUUUUAAUCCAGAUAUCAAUGUAACAAAAAGGGUCAGAAAUUCAAAACAGUUGUUAAAGAUCAGACAACUUCAAUUCUUUGCUGCUUUCUGAUUACGUACAUGUGUUGUGCAUCCUUCUUGUUUUUUUUCAGAAUUUCUUAAAUUUUUUGCUUCCAAGACCUUGAGUUAACAUGCUCUUGAAAUCUUAUGGACCCACCCAGAAUGUAGAUGUAAAAAUGUAAUUAGAAAUGGAGAGCUAAGCAAAGGAAACAUUAAAGUGUUGUGGUUUCUUCACCUGAAAUAAUACUUUUAUGGCUUAGUGUCUUGGAAGGAGACUCACAUUAAAAGUAAAAAAUGUUAUAUUUGGCAGGAUGAAGCCAUUGUUGUUUAAUAUAGAAGCAAAUUUUUAAUGAAGUUACUGAAUUGUUUAGUACUAAAAUGGCAUCCAAGUCAUUUUUCCUUUCUCCAACCAUUAUUAAAAUAAUUUAUACACA